AUGGCCGCCAAACAUACCUCAUCCCUCCUCUUUUCCUCCCCAAAACAUAUCUGCACGCGCUCCGUCUACAGAGAUGUCUUCGGUAGUCUGCGAUACUCCUCGACCGAAGCAGCUGCACCACCACCACUGCUGACCAAGCUCAAGGCUGAUCUCAAAACUGCCAUGCGCGCCAAAGAUGCAGCCAGACUUGCUGUCGUUCGUGGCACCAUCUCCGAGAUCAACCAGCUAGCCAGUGGUGCCCGACCUGUUACCUCCGACAUGCAGAUCCUAGCUUUGUUGAAGAAGCGGAAAUCUGCCACUGAGCAGGCGGCCGCUGAAAUGAAGAAAGCGAACCGUCCAGAUCUAUUGGAGAAGGAGGAACAACAGCUGGCCAUUAUCGAGGAAUAUAGCAGCAGUAUAUCAUUGAUGGAUGUUGCUGAGAUGAGGCAGAUUGUGAGGUCCGAGGUUGAGACAAGAAGAGCCUCGGGUCCUCAGGAUCAAUUAAAGCCUGGUAUCGUCAUGAAGCAUCUGCUUGCUGAGGAUGGUUUACUUGCGGGCAAAGCAUUGGACAAAGCCAAACUGGCUGAACUGGUUCGAGAGGAGUUGAUGAGCAACCAUCAGGAAUCCUAG